AUGAAGCCAACCACUGGGAACCCAAACUCUAACUACACCUCCCGUACCAAUUUAGUCGACUCGUACGAGUUGUCAACAUUAGGGGCCAGUAGUAGGAGUCGUGCCGUCACUCCCACACCAAUCCUAACCCCCGGGAGGCGACUGUCGGUCACGAGUAGUUCGGAAGACGACUCGUUGUGUUCAACAAUAAUCGGAACUCUAAUGAUAUUUGCGGUCCUUUUGUUACUUAUGUCCACAUUUCCACUCUCUAUGUGUUUCUGUUUCAUCAUUACUAAUGACUAUGAAAAGGCUGUCCUAUUCAGGAACGGCAGGUUACGGCAGGUUAAUGGUAUGGGUCCGGGGGCGGUAUUCGUGAUCCCAUACGUGGACCUGUGCUACAUCAUAGACUGUCGCACCGUAUGCUACGGCAUCCCACCCCAGAAAGUGCUCACAAAGGACUCGAUGACCAUCGAUGUGGACGCCGUAGUCCUCUAUAGGGUUCACAACGCAAUCGCCGCCACAACUAAAGUCCAGAGCUAUAGUAAAGCGACGGAACUAUUGGCCGCCACUAGUCUUAGAAACUUUUUGGGCACUAAAACAUUGGCACAAAUACUGGCUGAGAGUUCGGACAUUAAUGAAACGCUCAAGGCACAUCUGGACGCGGCCACCGAAUUCUGGGGCGUAUGUGUCGAUCGCAUAGACAUAAAGAACGUGAGGAUUCCGGCGGACCUGCAGUCGGCCCUAUCAGCCGAGGCUCAGGCGAGUCGUGAGGCUAAAGCCAAUUACAUCACGGCCUAUGGCGAGAAGGACGCCUCCCAUUCCUUGGUUGAGGCGGCCGUCAAACUGGACGACUUUGCUCUUCAGCUCCGAUACCUUCAGACCCUGAAUACUAUUUCCGUGAAUAAUAACGACACGUUUAUUGUGCCCAUACCUAUCGAGUUGUUUCAGUUUGCCGCCCAUUAA